AUGUCGUUACGUGUGAGUCCCAUCCACAAUGGCCAGGUUUGCAGUACAUGGGGCAACUACCACUUCAAGACCUUUGAUGGGGAUGUCUUCCAGCUGCACUCCACCUGCAACUACGUCUUGGCGUCUUCAUGCAGGAGCAGCUACAAGGACUUCAACAUCCAGAUACGAAGAGAAGAGGUUGGCGGCCAUCCCACCAUCAAAAACAUCAUCAUGAAGCUGGAGGGUUCUGUGGUGGAGCUUUCCAAGGGUUCAGUGAUCUUUGAUGGCAAAGUAGCCGUUCUACCGCUCAGUCAAGCAGGAGUGUUCAUCGAGAAAACUCCCACCUACAUCAAAAUCAAAGCAAACCUGGGACUGGUUGCUAUCUGGAAUGAGGAGGACUCUUUUCUGGUGGAGCUAGACCUGAAGUACAAGAACCAAACCUGUGGUCUUUGCGGAGACUUUAAUGGGGUCCAGACCUACAACGAGUUCUACAGUCACGGAGUGAAAAUCUCCCCGGUGGAUUUUGCCAGCUUCUGGAAACUGGAUGGGCCUACUGAGAGCUGCUCUGACUACACACUGGAAUCAACAAUUCAACAAAACUGCAAUGACAUGAAACCUCUGUGCGAGCAGAUCCUCACAGGGCCGGCCUUCAGCAGCUGCCACAAUCUGCUGGACACCGCCGCCUUCACUGCCGCCUGUGUUGCAGACCUCUGCCAGUGUGGUAACGGAGCGAACGUAGAUGCAGACCCCUUCUGUCUGUGCAACACUGUGUCUGAGUUCUCCAGACAGUGUGUCCAUGCAGGUGGGAAGCCCUACAACUGGAGAACCAAAGCGCUCUGCUGGAAGUCGUGUCCUCUGAAAAUGGAGUAUAAAGAGUGUGGAAGUCCCUGCGCCGACACCUGCUCCAACCCCGAGGCCAGCCACACCUGUGACAACCACUGUAUCGAUGGAUGCUUCUGCCCUGCAGGCACGGUCCUGGAUGAUUUAAGUGGAAAGGGUUGUGUUCCACUGAGCGAGUGCUCCUGCAGUUACAACGGCAAGGUCUAUGGACACGGAGAGUCCUACUCCAGUAACUGCAAAAAAUGUGUGUGUGAGAGCGCUCAGUGGAAAUGUACAGAGGAGAACUGUCCAGGAACCUGCUCUGUGGAGGGAGGAGCUCACGUCAACACCUUUGAUGGAAAGGUCUACACCUUUCACGGGGACUGCUCCUACAUCCUGACUAAGGACUGCAGUGGAACCCAGUUUGUGGUUCAGGGUGAGCUGAUGCAGUGUGGACUGACCGAGAGUGAAACCUGCCUCAAGUCUGUUACCUUAGGUCUGUCGGGAGGGGCUAAUGUGAUCACCAUCCAGCCCAGUGGCAAGGUUUUCGUGAAUGGCAUCUAUGCCCAGUUACCCUUUUCUGCUGCUGGGAUCUCCGCCUUCAGAGCAUCCUCUUUCUACCUGCUGGUCCAGACAUCUGUUGGAGUUCUGUUGGAGGUGCAGCUCAAGCCAGUCAUGCAGCUCCACAUCACAGUAACCAGUGAACACCAAGACAAGACCUGUGGUCUGUGCGGGAACUUCAACAGAAACCAGGCUGAUGACUUCCUUAAGCUCAGCGGUGUUCCAGAUGCUACAGCAGCUGGUUUUGUCAACAGCUGGAAGACUCAUGCUGCUUGCUCAGAUGUUAAGAGCAACUUUGAGAACCCCUGUGCCCUCAGUCUGGAUAAUGAGAAGUACGCCGUGCACUGGUGCUCCAUGCUCAGUGAUCCUCAGGGAGUGUUUGCCCCCUGUCACUCAGAAAUCAGCCCCGACUCUUACAAAGAGAACUGCAUGUAUGACAGCUGUAACUGUGAGAAAAGUGAGGACUGCAUGUGUGCUGCAGUCUCCUCUUAUGUCCAUGCCUGUGCAGCUGCAGGAGUCCAGAUCAGCGGCUGGAGGAAGACCAUCUGUGGGAAAUAUGCCGACUCCUGUCCGAGAAACAUGGUAUACUCCGAUAACAUCACAUCCGGCAGUCGCACCUGCCGCUGCCUCGGCUCCACAGACCUCAGCUGUCACUUCUCCUUCCCGACCAUCGACGGCUGCGUCUGUGCCGACGGAACCUACCUGGACGACUCUGGGAACUGUGUCCCAUCUAAGGCUUGUCCCUGUUAUGACAAAGGCUCUACAGUGCCUCCUGGACAGGUCGUCAACAAGGACGGGGUCAUGUGCACCUGUAAGGAGGGCAAACUCAGCUGCAUUGGAGAGUUUAGUGUACAGCCAGAGGCCUGCCCUGCUCCCAUGGUGUUCUUCAACUGCUCUGCAAACGGUCCAGCUGCAAAAGGAACUGAGUGUGAGAAGAGCUGCAACACUUUAGACAUGGCCUGUGUGACCACUGGGUGUAUCUCUGGCUGUAUGUGCCCAUCUGGGAUGGUAUCUGAUGGUAAAGGAAGCUGCAUUAAGCCAGAGGCCUGUCCCUGCGUUCACAAUGGCAUCUCCUACCAGCCUGGAGAGACCACCAGGGUGGACUGCAACACCUGCACUUGUAAAGAUCGAAAAUGGAGCUGUACCACCAAUCAGUGUGAUGGAACCUGCUCUGUCUAUGGUGAUGGGCACUACAUGACUUUUGAUCAGAAGCGCUUCACCUUUGAUGGCAACUGUGAAUAUAUUCUCACUCAGGACUACUGUGGCCAUGCUCAGAGUAAUGGGACCUUCAGAGUGAUCACUGAGAAUGUUCCAUGUGGAACCACAGGAACCACCUGCUCCAAGACUAUCAAGAUCUUUCUGGAGAGUGCAGAGCUGAUUCUAACAGAUGGAAACUACCAGCUGCUUUCAAGUGGAAAUGAAGAAACAGUCCCAUUCCGUUACAGCAGUAUGGGCAACUACCUGGUAGUUGAAGCCAACAAUGGGCUCAUUCUCCUAUGGGACAGGAAGACUACCUUGUUCAUUGAGCUCAGCCCAAAAUAUAAGGGCCGUGUGUGUGGGCUGUGUGGCAACUAUGACAACAAUGCAAAUAAUGACUUCACUACAAGGUGCCAUGCUUUGGUGGUCAGCCCACUGGUGUUUGGCAACAGCUGGAAGGAUUUACCAAGCUGCCCUGAUGCUAAGAGCAUCACCAGCCCCUGCACAGACAACCCACACAGACAGUCGUGGUCCCAGAAACAGUGCAGCAUCAUACAGAGUGAUGUCUUCGCUGCCUGCCACUCCACCGUGGAUCCCACUCCAUACUAUGAAGCAUGUGUGUUUGAUUCAUGUGCCUGUGACACUGGUGGAGACUGCGAGUGUUUCUGCACUGCUGUGGCUGCUUACGCUGAAUCCUGUAAUCAAGCUGGUGUCUGCAUACGAUGGAGAACCCCUAAAAUCUGCCCUCUCUUCUGUGAUUACUACAAUCCCCCUGGUGAAUGUGAAUGGCAUUACAUGCCAUGCGGAUCUCCUUGUAUGAAAACCUGCAGGAACCCCACAGGGAAAUGCGCUAUGCAGAUACCUCCUUUAGAAGGUUGCUAUCCAAAAUGUCCUCCUGCUCAGCCAUACUUCAAUGAGGAUACAAUGACGUGUGUUUUGAAAGAACAGUGUGGCUGCUAUGAUAAAGAGGGGAGACACUAUGAUAAUGGUGAAAAAGUGCCAACAACUGAAAACUGUCUUACAUGUACAUGCGAUUCAAUGACCAUCACGUGUCAUUAUGAUGCCCAAGGGUCCAUGAUCUACAAUGUGACAGAUAAUGAUGGCCACUGUUUCAUAGGGUAUUGUAGUGAGGACUGUCAGGACGGUGAAAGUUGGAAGGAAAGUAACUGUCGUACAGGAACAUGUGAAAAUGGCAAAGUGACCUAUAACGUCACACAAUGUCCAACUGCAAAGCCUGUAGUAUGUGCAAAUAACUUCCCUGCCAUUGAAGUCAAGGAUGGUGAUGAAUGCUGCUCCCACUAUGAAUGCCAGUGUAUCUGCUACGGUUGGGGAGACCCCCAUUAUGUCACCUUUGAUGGAACCUACUAUGGAUUUCAAGGCAAUUGUUCCUACUGGCUGGUCAAAGAGAUCUUGCCCAGAUACAACUUCAGCGUUAUGAUUGAUAACUACUACUGUGGUGCAGCUGAUGGCUUGUCCUGUCCUCAGUCCAUCACUGUCUUCUACAAAGGCUACAAGAUCUUUAUUACACAGAAAGAUAUUAAUGGUAUUUUCACAAACCAGAUUUCUGUGAAUGACAAGCCUGUAAGUCCUGCAUACCAGAAUAGUGACUUCCGUAUAACCACCACCGGCAUUGACACAGUGCUCGUCAUCCCUCAAAUCAAUGCGAAGAUCACCUUCUCAGGGCUCAUAUUCAGCAUCUACCUACCCUAUAGUAAAUUUCACGGCAACACAGAGGGACAGUGUGGCACAUGUGACAACAACCGGACAGAUGACUGCAUGUUGCCCAAUGGCAAAAUUGAUCCUUCAUGUCCUCAUAUGGCACACGAGUGGCAUACUAACAACAGUCACUGUGAACCUCCAGUUCAUCCUACACCAAUACCUAAACCUGGUCCCUGCAAUACAAACAUCUGUGAGGUCAUCAAGAGCAGUGUGUUUGAAGCUUGCCACAAGAUCAUUGACUACACUCCAUUUGUUGAGGCCUGUGAGUUUGACGUGUGUCACAUGCACCUUGAUCACAUUGGCUGCACUAGCAUACAGACCUAUGCUGAUGCCUGUGCUGAGGCUGGAUUAUGUGUUGACUGGAGGAGUGCCACCAAAGGACUCUGCGCAUAUAAAUGUCCAAGUCCCAAAGUGUACAAGGCCUGUGGCCCUCUGGUGGAGCCUACCUGUGAAUCCUGGUACAACCAGAAAUUCAUUUAUGCUGUCAAUGAGUUCAGCGACAUGACAAAUAUCAAGCUGGAGGGUUGUUACUGUCCACCUGGCACUUUCCUCCUCUCUUCAAGCUCAAAUGAAUGUGUGCCCUCCUGUGAACUUUGUCGGCUGCCAAAUGGAAAAUGGACAAAGGCCAAUUCAACAUGGACAGAAGGCUGUAAGGAGUGUAUCUGCGAGGAGGACACACUGCAGGUCACCUGCCGUGACAUGUCCUGUCCAGCACAGCCACCUCUGAGCUGUGACCAAGAAGGUCAAGUCAAGGUCACUGACACUAGUGGCUGCUGUCAAAAGGAGAAGUGUGAGUGUGAUGUGAAGCACUGCCCCAGUACUGUGCCGUCUUGUCCUGCUGGUUAUACUCUAAAGACCACAAUGGGAGUCUGCUGUCACAACUACACCUGCGUGGUUAAGGAUGUGUGCGUUCUCAAUAACCAUGAAUAUCAGGUCGGAGACCUGGUGCCCAUGAAGCCAUGUGACAAGUGCAUUUGUAGUGAUGAGACAGAUCCCAGCAGCCACCUGCACACAGUACAAUGUCAGCCCAUACCAUGUGACACACACUGCCCUCUGGGCUCUGAAUACCAGAUCAUCCCUGGCCAGUGCUGUGGAAAGUGUGUCACACCUGGCACCAUUUGGACUCCCCCUGACACUCCCUGUGUGAAGUUCGAGUGUGUGAAGAUCGCUAAUCAGUUCGUCACCAUUGAGGCCAAGACCAUCUGUCCUCCCUACGACCCUAAUGAAUGCAUACCGGGAACAGAGACCAUAGCUCCAGACGGAUGCUGUCAUGUCUGUAUUCCAAAGGGUCAUCCAUGCGGCGUGUCUACGACUACUGUGCGCUUGGAGAACCAGGGAUGCCAAUCCAAAGACCUGGUGAACGUGACAUCUUGUAAUGGAGCAUGUGGCACCUUCACCUUCUACUCCAACAAAAUGAGAUCCUUGCAGCACACCUGCUCCUGCUGCCAGGAGCUGGCCACAUCCGAGAGGCAGGUCCAACUCAUCUGCCCCGACAGUACCGAAAUCACCUACUCCUACAUCCACAUUGAUUCCUGCGGGUGCCUCAAGACAGAGUGCACUGUGGUUGGCCGCGGUGAAAUGGCAACCCCUUCGUCCAGAAUCAAGUCACGUAGACGCAGGAGAUAA